CAGCAGGCAAGGAAGUGCCUGCCUGCCGAGUUUGUGACUUGAGCGUGCCAUGAUGGAGGUGAGGCUAUAUCCCGCUCGCUCCCUCACGCGCACUACCCAAAACCAAGGCCAUGCGGUGCUUUUUUGCGAUGACCACCUGUUCCCGUCCUGCUGCGGUGCUGCAACCGCUGCUGCUGCUGCUGGAGGCGCGCGUGUGGGCGAUGACCUUGCUCUGAGGGAGAUGUGAUCUAUUCGACAUUAUCUCAGCGGCUGCCUACCGCCGCAAGGCACCGUUCUCCGCCAUGCGCACUCUAUUUUCCGAGAACAUCCUCUCGCCCACGCCUACCCCUGCGCCUGAGCAGAACAAGAAGAACCCCUUCGAGCUUUCCUUCGCCUCCAGCGGCCCCAGCGCGCACAACAGCUCGACAGCGUCAUCGCAUAACUCGCCCAAGGAGAACGACUGGCUGACAUCGUACUACCGCGAGCAACAACGAUUCGCUAAUGAGGUCCACAUUCAGAGCAACCAAAGUCACGCCACUCAAAAUGCAUCGACACGGCCUGGCCACGCACGGAGGAAGGGCAACCCAAAAGUGCUCUUCAUGGGAAUGCGAAGAAGCGGCAAAUCCUCCAUCCAAAAAGUCCUCUUCGAGAAAUUCUCCCCAGCCGAAACCCUCUACCUCGACCCCACCAACAAAAUCGAACCCGCCACAAUGUCCUCCUUCAUGAACUUCGAAUCCUCCGAAAUCCCUCCAAACAUCCCCUACCUCUCCCCCGACUUCGACCGCGAAGCCCUCUUCGGCGGAACCACAGGCUCCAUAAUCUGGGUCCUCGACAUGCAAGACGAAUACUUCCAAUCCAUCGACGCCCUAAUCAAAACCGCCUCCUUCAUAAUGGACAACUACCCACGUCUCAACUUCGAAGUCUUCGUCCAUAAAACCGACGGUCUCUCCGAAGAAUACAAAUACGACACCUUCCGCGACGUCCGGCAACGAGUACAAGAUGAACUUUCUGAUGCGGGUUACGGAGAUCGUUCUGUGGCGUUCUAUCGAACUAGUAUCUUCGAUCACUCUGUCUACGAAGCUAUGAGUAAAGUCGUUCAGAAAUUGCUUCCGCAAUUACCAGCCAUGGAAGCUCUUCUCAAUAAACUCUGCUCAACAUGCAGAACACAAAAGGCCUACCUCUUCGACACAGUUUCGAAAAUCUAUCUCGCGACAGAUACAAGUCCGACUUUCUUAAAAGACUAUGAAGUCUGUUCGGAUUACGUCGAUGUCAUUGUCGAUAUCAAGCAGAUUUAUGGAUGGCAUGGACCGGAGAACAAGAACCAUUCCAGCGAAGCUUCUUCUUCUUCUUCGGCUGUGGUCGGCGAAAGUCUCAUCACGUACGAUAAGAGCGGGAACACGUAUAUUUAUGCGCGGGAGAUUAAUGAAUAUCUCUCCCUCAUCUGCGUCAUGGGCCAAGGAAGUACAGCAGACAAACGUGUUCUGAUUGACUACAACGUAAGUAUUCUGAAUGAUGCACUGCAGCAAAUGUUCGCGUUGUGAGGAGGGAAUGAUUGGAAGGGAAGGGAUAGCGACGGUUGUUGGAUUUGUACAAAUAUCCAUUCGGGAACAGCCUUCGGCUCGGCAGUCGGCAGCCGCACAUGAAAGCAAGCGAAAGACCGGAAGCAAGAAGGAAAGAGUCAAGCACCUGCAGAUACGACGAACUUGUACAGAAAUACAGCAGGAACACGACCGUACUGGCACAAAGCAGUUAGCACC